UUUAAUUAAUAUUAAUGUUUUAAAGUGUAUAAUAUAUAUUCAAUAAACUAAUCGUUUUGUUGUAUCGAGCGAAACUGAAACAGACCCUCCCCUGUGUGUGAGACACACAGCUCUCGCUCGGGUUUUCUCUCCGCGAACAAUUCGAUUAACUUUCGCGACUAAAUUUUCCCAUUGAUUUUCCCGAGAAAAUUAUGCUUUGAAUCUGUUAAGAAUUCGGAUUUCAAGAUCGGAAUUUAAUUUUUUUAUUGAUUUUAUGUUUUGUAUGGUUUGCUUUUGGCGGAAGAGAAACUGGUGGAAACGUUUAAUGUUUCUUAUUGGCUUUUCUCAGUUUCAUUGAUUGUGGUAGGUUUUCACAUUAUAACUUAGGGUUCGGUAUUGUAAAUUUUUAAUCGUUUUGUGCGUCUGAGAACACUUUUUUUGUAUCCUAAAUUUGUGUUCCGAAUAUCCGGAGCGUACAGAAUUCGGGUUAUCGGGUGUAGUUUAUUUUCUUUGAAUUGCAGUCGAAUUAGGGUUUGAUUUCGAAGUCUGAAGGUGAAUUUGUCGAGUUGAAUGGUUGAAAGAUGAUAAUCAAACGAACUUUGAAAGUGGAGAUGCCUAAUCUUAAACGGUGUAAGCUCGAAGAGCCCGACGAUGAAGAUUUUGCGUAUUCGGCUAGCGCGAAGAAGCGGCGAACUAAUGGGUUUCACUCGUUAUGUAAUGGAGAUGUUGAGGAUUUCAGUAGUGGUUCAGGUUCUUUGUUCAACGACGAACCGUAUUGGGGUGGCGAGGUAGAGUCGAAUUUGAAGAAUGUCCGAUCGCUGAAUCCCAAUCCGGGUGGUUUUCGGAGGUCUUCGCGAGGUCGUAUUAGGAUGCUUCCUUCGAGGUUCAACAAUUCGGUUCUGAGUAUCUGGAAGAGCAAGCCCAAAUUCGAUGAAAUUAAUACUAGCUUUGACGAAGAGGAUAAUGUUGAAGUUGCUGUAGAUAAACAAGAGAGUAUAGAUGGGUUGGGAUUUAUAAGAAAGCCCAAGAAUGAAAAUAACAGGUACAAAAAUUCGAAGCCGAAGCGUUCUGUGAAGAAAGAAGACAGCGAAGUAGCUGGUAUUGAAUUCAGCAAUUUUGAAUAUGCCAAGUAUAUUGGUAUGAAAAUCGAUGCGAGUAAUUUCCCGUCGAUUGAGGCUGAAGAAUAUGCUUCUAGUUUUGGCUAUUCAGGUGUAGAGAGGCUGAGGAAAGCAACCACUGGAAGGAGGAAAGAAAUGUACAGGCCAGAGGAUUUUGCUUUGGGUGAUAUAGUUUGGGCCAAGUGUGGUAGGAGUUACCCGGCAUGGCCAGCCGUGGUGAUCGAUCCCCUAGUACAAGCUCCCGAAGCUGUUCUUAGGUGUUGCAUUCCCAAUGCUAUGUGCGUCAUGUUUUAUGGGUUUUCUAAGAAUGGAAAGCAAAGGGAUUAUGGAUGGGUCAAACAAGGAAUGAUUUUCCCAUUUAUUGAAUUCAUGGACAGAUUUCGGGGUCAGACUCAGUUGUAUAAGAGCAAGCCAAGUGAGUUUCAGAUGGCUAUCGAGGAGGCAUUGUUAGCGGAAAGUGGCUUUCAACACACAACCUCUGGUACUGACAAAAUAACAAGCUUAGAAGCGUAUCCCUACGAAAUCCAAGAGGCUACUACUUCGAAUCAUAAUGAAGAAAAUUACUCACUGAAUCAGGAAGCGUAUCAUAAAGAUGCUAGACCUUGUGAUGGGUGUGGACUGAGUCUGCCCUGCAAAGCAAUGGACAAAAACAAGGGUGCAAGUUGGAAAACCCACUUCUUAUGUAGACAUUGUGCCAAGUUAAAGAAGUCAAAACAAUAUUGUGGCAUAUGCAAGAAAAUAUGGCACUAUUCAGAUGGAGGGAACUGGGUAUGCUGUGAUGGGUGUAACGUUUGGGUGCAUGCUGAGUGUGACAAGAUUUCUGGCAAACUUCUCAAGGACCUGGAGCAUAGUGAUUAUUAUUGCCCUGAAUGCAAAGGAAGAUCCAAUUGUGAAUUAUCAGAUGUAGAAAGAUGUCAGCCCCAAGUGAACAGUUCUUUCAAAAACCACAAACAAACUGUGACACCUGAGAAGAUUAUUGUGGUGUGUAAUGGAAUGGAAGGAAUGUAUAUUCCAGAACUUCAUUUGGUAAUGUGUAAGUGUGGUUCAUGUGGGUCGAAGAAGCAGACUCUCAGUGAAUGGGAAAAACAUACGGGAUGUAGAGCUAAAAAGUGGAAGUAUAGUGUGAAAGUGAAGAGCACAAUGCUGCCGCUGGAAAAAUGGAUAACAGAGUACACUACACAUGGCGUUGAUCCCCUUAAAUUAGACAAGAAUCAAUUACUCACUUUUCUGCAAGAGACGUAUGAGCCAGUUAUUGCAAAAUGGACGACGGAAAGAUGUGCUAUCUGUAGAUGGGUUGAGGACUGGGAUGUUAAUAAAAUUAUUAUCUGUAACAGGUGUCAAAUGGCUGUCCACCAAGAAUGCUAUGGUGCAAAACAUGUUCAGGACUUUACUUCAUGGGUUUGUAGAGCAUGUGAAGCACCUGAUAUCAAAAGAGAAUGUUGCCUUUGUCCCGUCAAAGGGGGUGCUUUAAAGCCUACUGAUGUGGAGGCACUGUGGGUUCAUGUCACAUGUGCUUGGUUUCGGCCUGAAGUUGCUUUCUUGAAUCACGAGAAGAUGGAACCUGCUAUUGGUAUCCUUAGAAUUCCAUCAACUUCAUUUUUGAAGAGAUGUGUAAUUUGCAAUCAAAGUCACGGUUCAUGUACGCAAUGUUGCAAAUGUGCUACACAUUUCCAUGGUAUGUGUGCAUCGAGAGCAGGCUACAGCAUGGAAGUUGAUUCCUUUGAAAAGAAUGGGGAACAAAUUACAAGAAAGUUGAUAUACUGCGCAGUUCACAGAACCCCAAAUCCAGAUGCUGUUGUAGUUGUUCAUUCUCCUGCAGGAACUUUUGCUGCAAGAAGCUUGCUUCAGAACCAGAAGGGGUGCUUCAGGGGUUCAAGGCUGGUGUCAGCAAAGAGAAUAGAGCUUCAAGAAUCACCAAAGUUAGAGACGGAUGAGGUUGAACCAGACUCUGCUGCAAGAUGUCGUGUUUAUAAAAGAAAAAGCCAUAAGAGUAUUGAUCAGCAGCCAAUAUUCCACCGGCCAAUGGGGCCAACACAUCACUCUAUUGAUGCAGUAAAUAGCCUGAACAUAAACAGAGAAGUAGAGGAACCUAUAUUCACUUCUUUCAAAGAUCGGCUUCACCAUUUACAGAGAACUGAGAACCAUCGAAUUUGUUUCGGCAAGUCUCAUAUACAUGGAUGGGGCCUAUUUGCUCGUCGGAAUAUUCAAGAAGGAGAAAUGGUGGUUGAAUAUCGUGGUGAGCAGGUGAGGCCUUGUGUUGCCGAUCUAAGGGAAGCACAAUACAGGUCACAAGGCAAAGACUGCUAUCUCUUCAAGAUCAGUGAAGAAGUAGUAGUCGAUGCUACAGAUAAAGGGAACAUAGCACGAUUAAUAAACCAUUCAUGCAUGCCCAACUGCUAUGCGAGGAUCAUGAGUGUAGGUAAUGGGGAGAGCAGGAUUGUGCUCAUUGCCAAGACUAAUGUUUCUGCUGGCGAAGAAUUGACGUACGAUUACUUGUUUGAUCCAGACGAGCACGAUGAGCUCAAAGUCCCCUGUUUAUGUAAAGCUGAGAACUGUAGAAAGUACAUGAAUUAGUUCAUUCUCAUACAAUAUAAUGAUUAUACUCUCAUUUUUGUCAAUAUGCACAAAGCUCUGACCCAUAUCUUACUUAGGAGGCAGGAAUUACCCACUUCUUCUUACGAGCAACUUGUAAUUUUUUUGAUCAUAUUUAAUUUGUGUGAUCACCCCCCCAAUUUUAUUGUAAGAACUUAAAAUAAAAAUUAAUGUAAAUUCACGAGCUGUUUGGCUGGUGCAUUUUUGCAAAA